AUUGCUACAUUUGAAAUGGAAUAUGGACACUGGAUUGAGGAGCAGCAGAGGCAGAAUUGUGAACUAAGAAAAGUUUUGCAAGCUCAUAUAAGUGAUAUAGAGCUCCGAAUGCUUGUAGAAACUAUUCUAGAGCCACAACUUGAGCCCUUGACGGAUCAACAACAUCUGGCUGUUGAUAACCUCCGUCAUUCAUCUCAACAAGCUGAGGAUGCUCUCACACAGGGAAUGGACAGACUUCAGCAAACACUGGCCCAGAGCAUUACAGCUGAUCUUACGGAUGCAGGAGAUUAUAGGUCUCAGAUGACUUCUGCAAUUGAGAAUUUGAAUGCACUGGAGAGCUUUGUGUUACAGGUUAAUUUCCCCUCUCCCUUGGCAAAGCAAGUCAAGUUAUACUUCUGGAUCUCUAUCUGUUAA